AUGAUCUCCCGUCCGUCCCCGAUGAGUGCGCUUCACUCACGCCAGCGCCAACACCGGCGCCAGAACUCGACGCCGUCGGCCUUCGAGGCGGUCAAGAUUGCCCCUCUGCCGAACUUGUCGCACUCUCGCCCCUCCACAUCCCACCAGCAUCGCCGUGGUAUGAGUCUGGAUGUUCGCCGACAGCAGUUUGUCCAGGCUGCGGCCGCGGCGGCCCAAGCACAGCAGCAGCAGCAGCAGCAGCAACAGACUCAACAACAACAACAACAACAACAACAACAACAACAGCAACAGCAACAACAAUCUGAUUUCACAGCAGCAAUGGGAAUUGACCCCGUGCUUUCCUCCGCGCCAGCAACACCGCAGCAGACCAUUCUCCAGGACCCGCCGGGUUCGCGUCCCAGCACAAGCAGCUCAUCCUUCAGCAACGCGUCCGGCCACUCGUUCCACGACGCUAAUGAUGCCUUUCUGCUAUCGCCACAGGUGACGCCCCAGAGCCAGCGGUUUGCGGAUUCCUUCUCGGGGCCGUCGCCUCUAGCCGAGAUGAACAACCUAUCGUUCGAUUCGUUCCUCAAUUUCGAUAUGCUGAAGACGCCGGGUAACUUUGGAAAUGCGAGCGGCAGUAUGGAUCCGUCGUCCGAGUUUGAUCUGUUUGGUGCCGGCAGUGCACUUUCGACGCCUACCUUUUUGACGUUCCCUGAGUCGAGCCCGUCGAGCGCGUGCCAGGGAUGGAUUUCGGAGGGGGAGGGGGCUGCGCCGCAGUCGAGGAGAGUAUCGAGGAGGAUAAGCAAUGGAAUCUUGGAUAAGGUGGCCAAGUUCGAGACACUGAGCUUGCCGUCGGGGUCACGGCCGUCCACUCCUAGCAAUCAUAUCCCCAAAACACCUGUUGAGACUCCCAAGUCUGUCAAGCCAGAUCCAAUACCGGCCCGGCAGUCAGACCGGUUCGCUGAUGGACAUGAUGAAUCGAUGGAGGAGACUCUCAAGCCCAUCCGCCCCAACAAGGGGAAGCGCACGAAUACCAUUUUCGAUGACUUCCGUAAACAGGCCGAAGCCAUGGAGCAGCAGCAACAGCAACAGCAGACUGCGCCCGCGCCGCCUCAAAGAGCCAACACAAUGCCCGUUCCCUUCCCAGCGCACGACAUGACGCCCCCUGAGUUCGUCGAUAUGCGUGCCGUCAGCAACAUGAAUAGCAUCCCGCACCCUCCAACAACCCAAUCAAACCCUGACGGUCUGCCGAUAGUGGCCCCCGUCGGCACACGAAACGUCUUCGAGAAGAAACCCGAUCUCCAGCCCACACCCGGCCUGCUCCCGAUCGUCCCUCUGCCUCCCGGGUCUCCCAAAAACAAGUCUCCGACCCGCCGCAACUCCCCCCACCGCCGCACCGAAUCCGUCGCCUCGCUCGUCAGCGCAGCCAGCAUCGCCGAGCUUAACAUCGAGGAGACCCGCACGGAAACUGGCAUCACCAUGGAGGACAUCGUGCAGUACAUUCAGGGCCCAGAUCCGUCCGACGGCAAGUGGAUCUGCACUUACGAGAACUGCCUCAAGCGUUUCGGCCGAAAGGAGAACAUCAAAAGCCACGUGCAAACCCACCUCAACGACCGCCAGUACAAAUGUCCUACUUGCCAGAAGUGUUUCGUGCGCCAGCAUGAUCUGAAGAGGCAUGCUAAGAUUCAUACGGGGAUUAAGCCUUAUCCGUGUGAAUGCGGCAAUAGUUUUGCGAGACAUGAUGCUUUGACGAGGCAUCGCCAGCGGGGGAUGUGCAUUGGUGCUUUUGACGGGAUUGUUCGCAAGGUGGUAAAACGUGGGCGGCCGAAGAAGAUCCGUCCCGAUAUGGUCGAGAGGCGUGAUAAAGCCGAGCGGACGAGGCGUAAGAAUAAGUUGAACGAAACGAGCUCAGCUAGCAGUCAAGCCAGCUAUUCCGAGGACUCUUCUGCCGCAAACUCCCCCACCACCGCCGCGCUGGACAACCUCAUGGACGACGACCAGUUCCCUGGCCUCCUCGACCUGUCGUUGCCUCCUUCUGCUGUCUCGAGCUCAGCAGCGCCAUCGCCGAUUUCUUCCCUCCCUCCGGGCACACUACCCCUGCAUCAUCCCUCGGCAAACACCGCUUCAAUACCAGACGUGUUCCCUCCAGCAACAACAACAACAACAGCAGCAGCAGCAGCAGCAGCAGCAUCCUCCCAUGCCCCGUCUCCGUCUUCUUCCCUGUCACAUUACUCCUCUCAUCUUUCCCCGCAACCUGUUUCCUCAGCUCCCCAAUCCUCAGCCUCAACCCCCGCUCCUCUGUCAGAAUCCCACUCUCUACCCCCCUCACGUCCUACAAGUGCUCGCCCGCCGUCGCCAUCAGUCGCUGGCUCUGCGGCCCCCAGCCCAGGUAGUCUAGGCCUGCCCCUAGGCAUGGGAAUGGGCAUGCCGCCUUUGACGAGCCAGUUUAACCCCCCUCAGGCUGCGCAUCAGCCUGCACACUCGGGCGUGGAACUGCCGACUUCGCCGCCGGAGUUGUCCAGCACGUCUACUGCGGGGGCGGGAUCCCCUCCUCCGACGGCAACCACCAGCUCCUCACAAGGCUUUCCUUCAUCAAGCUUCGGCUUUUCGUCGCAAUCUAGCGGGCUGGAUACACCACGCGGACUGAACGGUGACGAAGAAGGGGACUCGAUGGGGCUGCUAGGGUUUGGGGAAUUUGGGACUGGACAGGAUAUGGGGAUGCAAGGGGGGAUCAUGAUGGGAGGGAAUAUGGGAGUUGGAAUAGGGGGACUGCCGAUGAAAGGGUUCGGGAGUGUUGGGGUGACGGGGGAGGAGGAUUCUUAUGAGACCAUGUGGGCGGGGGUUGGUGGGGUAGAGGGAGAGUGGAUUGGGUUUCAGGGGUGA